ACAGCGGGAUUGAGAACUAAGGGGUCCUUUGGGCGUCCCCGUUGCAUGGAAACGAAAAGCAUCGGCGACUUCAUGCAACAUCUACAAACUUUUAAUAUCUGGAUUCCUAGAUGAGUGAAGAAAAUAGUUCUAAUUGUCAUUGUGUUAUAGAAGAGUAAUAUACACAAGACAGCCGGCGACAUUUGAAUAAGUACGCUUGGUUUAUAAAUGCUGUCAGCUCUAAAUCAGUUAGCAGCGCUAGCCCGAUGUGAACUGUUAGCACUCAUUACCUCCUUCAGUGUCUCGGAUCGCACGUGAAGGUAACAGUACACUGCUUACAGGGGACUUUAAAAAGACAAAUAUAAUCAGUGACCACCUCUGUACUAUCCUCAGAUUCAGCUGGAAUCAGUUUUGUUGAUGUGCCAGUGAGCCAGUGAAAUGAGGUAUAUCAAGCCGAACCGCGCGAUGUCAACCUCAGCUAACCGAUGGCAAAGUAGCUAACGCUCGCUGUUUCCAAAAGCCGUCGGAUGCUAGCUCUUCUAGCAGCUCACGUAAUUUUUCAGGUAUUUAAAUUAUAAAUUCAGCUAAGCAAGCCUCUGCUAAAACAAAAAUCGCAGUCAAAGCAAAAAAAAAAAGAAGAGGAAAAUGGCUGGCGACGUUGGCAGCAUCCCUGAACUGGACCAGAAGAAAUACGAUGCAGACGAACAAGUGAAGAUCAUCUGUCUGGGCGACAGCGCAGUUGGUAAAUCGAAGCUGAUGGAGAGGUUUCUCAUGGAUGAAUACCGUCCCCAGCAGUUGUCAACCUAUGCCCUGACUCUCUACAAACACACAGCCACCGUAGGAAACAAGACAGUCGCGGUCGAUUUCUGGGACACAGCUGGUCAGGAGAGGUUUCAGAGCAUGCAUCCCUCAUACUACCACAAAGCACAUGCAUGCAUCAUGGUUUUUGAUGUUCAAAGGAAGAUCACAUAUAAGAAUCUGGCCAACUGGUAUAAGGAGCUGAGAGAGUACAGACCAGAGAUACCCUGUUGUGUGGUUGCCAACAAAAUCGAUGCUGAUUUGAAGGUGACACAGAGAAGCUUUAACUUUGGGAAGAAGCAAGGACUCCCAUUUUACUUUGUAUCUGCGGCUGAUGGGACUAAUGUAGUUAAGAUGUUCAGAGAGAUGAUCAAGAGAGCAGUGGACUACAAGCAAAACCCCAGCGACUUCAUGGAUGAAGUAAUGCAAGAAUUAGAGAACUUUGACCUGGAGAAGAAGGAAGAUAAUUCGGAAGCAGAUGAGGAUGGACUGAAAGCAGAGAGUCCUGAGUUAGUCUGACAGAUUAUUACAGAUCCCCCAAACCCUUUUGUCCUCUCACGGAUUAUUUAUCCUCCUUUGGGGUUGAUGCUACCCAUAGAUUAUGCUUUUAGUCAAAAUGUCAGAGAUCUCUGAGUCUCUGUAACGGACACCAUCAACAGGCAUGUUGUCCUUAUGUAAUUUUGGUGGUCUGCUUUUAUUGCCGUCGGAUUGUAACUCUAAUAUUGGAGGAUGGCCGACAGUCUUUUCAUCAGGUUUUAAUUGACAUUGGCAGGGAAAUAAACCUAGUGGGAUACCUAAGAAUUGUGUUGUUUACCGGGUUCUUUUAGCUGCUAUUUUAGCACUGUCACUCAUUCCUGGUCUAACAAUAUCUACUGUUCCAAUGGCAGGAAAUCCCACAGUGAGGCUGAAUGUUUGCUUAAGCGUGAAAACCAAUUCCUUUGCGUCACAGAAUCAGAAUGUGAAGCAUUGAAAACUAACUCACAUAAAGCAAAGAGAAGGUGUGAUUAUGAACCGUAUUUGCUGCUGUUGUUGAUGUUUGUUUGUAGUGUUGUGUGCAAUGCCAGCAGUGAGCUGUAUCUGUAAGGUGCUUUUGUUGCAUUAAUUUUACGAUGAAAAGUCUGUUAUUCAGCGCUCCUCAAAUGAAAACUUAAUGUACCAUGUAACCAAAUAUCAUAUGUAUCUUUCCAGCUUGCUGUGAGAUCCAGCAGCAGGCACAGGAGGGCUAAGUAGUAAACUUCAGUAUUUUAGAAGAUACAACUGCCCGUCACAUAUGAGUGGACAUCAGCUGUAUUGUAAUCUUGUGAAGGUCUCAACCAACUGUGUCCUCCAUUAUGCAUUCGAGGUGGUUCUCUGCACAUUCAUUCAUAUUAGCAGGAACGUUGUUAUUUCUAGAACUUGUUGAAACCUGUUUUCUGGCAGAGGCCUCAGUGUAGAACAAAAUGAUACACGUAAUUCAGUUAUUUCUAUAUGAUUACGAUGUAUACAGAAACCAUGUGUAUAUUUUCUAUUUAUAUUUGACUGUUUUGUGAUGCAUUUACUCACAAUAAAUCACACUGGAACAUCAUUUUAA